GCUGUAAUCGCGCGACGGUGGGGGCGGUGCUGUAGGGGGGACAGUGAGGCCGCAGGGACCCUGUAGGUUAAACAGAGGAUAAUAUUCAUAUUUACAGCGUUUAAAGGUGGUUUGAAGGGAUUUGAAGGCUGUAUUGUGGGAGAUGGCGCUGCAGGUGGUGCGGCUGAUCGUGCCCGUGGGUUCAACGGCGUUCAGAGCGGCCGGAGGAGCGGCUGGAAUCCACACAUCGACACUCAGGAAUCUUGAGUAUGGGCCGUUGGCUUAUUUACUGGGUGAUAGAACGACUCCCAGGCUUCAUAAAUACAGCAAGAUUAUCACUGUGGAUGGAAACCUGGCAUCCGGGAAAGGAGUACUGGCACAGACGUUAGCUGAAAAGCUGGGAAUGCUGUACAUGCCUGAGCCUGAUGUUAACUAUCUGGACAAAGUGACCAAUGAGAAGGUCCCUCUGGACCCAAUCUUCAAUGGUGACUGCAGUCUGGAGAAGUUCUACACCGAUCCCAAAGCAAAAGACGGAAACUCGUACCGCCUGCAGUCCUGGAUGUACAGCAUGAGGAUAUUUCAGUACUCGGACGCUCUCGAGCACCUUAUCAGCACAGGCCAGGGAGUUGUCCUUGAACGGUCUCCAUUUAGUGACAUGGUGUUCAUGGAGGCCAUAUUCAGUCAAGGCUACAUAAGGAAACAGUGUGUGGAUCACUACAACGAGAUUAAGAGCAUCAGCAUCUGUGAGUUUCUGCCCCCUCACCUGGUCAUCUACGUAGACUCUCCUGCUGAGGAGGUUCAGAAGAAACUCAAGGCAUCUGACAAACCAUAUGUCCAGAAUGUACCACUCCCCUACCUUAAAAGCAUCGAGACUUCAUACAAGAAGAACUUCCUUCCCCAAAUCAGUAAGGACUCUGAAUUGCUUGUGUAUGAUACAACACAAGCCCAGGACAUUGAGAAGAUCCUGGAGGAUAUUGAUUACCUGAAGUUUGAUAAAGGCCCGUGGGUAGACCAGGAUGACAAUAGCUUCCACCACAUGAGGAUGCUGGUUCAGGAUAAAGAGAAAGUGGCCAAUUUGAUGAUAGUUCCCAUUUACCUCCCAGAGAUCACCAUUGGUGGACUUGAGAUUGACAAAACCUACUACGCAUACACAUCGCUUCCAGGGAAGAAGUAUGGAAAGGGUUACAAUGAAGACGUAGGAGAUAAAUACAUCUGGCUGAAGUGAGCAGCUGACUGCUCGAACAUGUCCGAAUGGGAGGAGAAGCUUAUGUUAUUCCUUCUUUACCCUCCAAUGUACUUGUCUGUCCACGUCCCGUGGGAGGUGAGAUGAGUAAAACCUGAUUAUGUAUUCUGCAGUUCUGCAGCUGAACUUCUGUAAAUUGUUAUUAAAAAUAAACUAUGUUU